AUGGCUGCAGGUCGAAUGCAGGCCUCAGGUGCUGGAGGCAAGAAACCAAAACAAGUUGGGCAGGUGAAAGUUGAGGCCAUUAUGAAGGGUGUGCGGAAGCGGGACUGGUACAAGCUCAUUAAUGCUUUAGCUCAUACCUCCAUCUUGCGUGAAUUUGACUUUAGCUGGCUGCUCGUCAUGCAGCAUCAGCAGCGCUCUAGGAGGAAGCAGGCUCUCGGAGGAGUCCAGCCGGACAUAUUUUCCUUAGCUGUGGAGAGAAGGUCUUUCGUCUUAGCAAAAGCCAUCAGCCUGAGAGCUGCCAAAAUCAUCCCGACUCUCAACUGGACUACCUGUGCCUAUUUUGGGAACAAGCUAAUCGAGAAACUACCGGAAGAGGCAGAUCAAUAUUUCUUGGUGUUUCUUUUGUAUUCCCGACAGUUCAAAGAGAAGCGGCAAGAUCUUGCCAAAGAGAAGUGGAACUUCUACUACAUUACAAUGCUGAGGGAUCCGGUGUCACGGUACUUGAGUGAGUGGAAACAUGUCCAGAGAGGUGCAACUUGGAAAACUUCCCUUCAUAUGUGCGAUGGAAGAAGCCCAACACCAGAUGAGCUUCCUACCUGUUAUGAGGGAGAAGACUGGUCUGGAGUCAGUUUACAGGAAUUCAUGGAUUGUAGCUACAACUUAGCCAACAACCGCCAGGUGCGCAUGCUGGCAGACCUCAGCCUGGUGGGAUGUUACAACUUGACUUUUAUGAACGAGAGUGAAAGAAAUAUCAUCCUUCUCCAAAGCGCCAAGAACAAUCUGAAAAACAUGGCCUUCUUUGGACUCACAGAAUUUCAGAGGAAAACACAGUAUCUCUUUGAGAGGACAUUCAACUUGAAAUUCAUUUCUCCAUUCACCCAGUUCAACGUUACACGGGCCUCCAAUGUGGACAUAGAUGACGAUGUACGGCAACGGAUAGAGGAGCUGAAUUUCUUGGACAUGCAGCUCUAUGAAUAUGCGAAGGACCUCUUCCUGCAGCGCUUCCAGUACUCCAAGCAAGAGGAGCAUCAGAAGAACCGGCUAAAGAGGCGAGAGGAGCGGAGGCUGCUGCGGGAGCAGAGAGCUCACCAGUGGCCAAAGGAAGAGGCGGCGGCAGCACAAGUUGCUGUUACUGAAGAUUAUAAUAGUCAGGUUGCAAGAUGGUGAUACCCCUCCCUGUUGGCUAGAUGACGAAUGGAUCAGAGAGGCUAAUAUUUUGUGCAACUUGGUUACCUGGAAAUCAGCCAAGGAAGGUCUCCUGCUUUGGCAAAUGAGAAAAAGUCUGACAACUACCCUUCCUUGUCUCAGUUUUUCUUGGUUUCUGUCAGUGAGGAGAAUGUAUUUUUUUCUUGAUAGACAUCAAUCAGUGUUAUUACAUGGCAGUAAAAUAGAUUCCUCUCCAAACAGACUUCCUUCAAAGCCCUAAGCUAUGAGAAAGGGUUGAAGAGAGAGCUAUUUCCUUUGCAGUAGCAGAUGUACCCUACACAAUCUUAGCUACCGAAACUGGCGCAGGAUGAAUCAAAAUUGAGAAAAAAAAAAAAUCCUGUUGGUUCCUCUGUGAUAGUUGGCUGCUGGCUUAUUUCAUACUGUCCUUCGCAACUGUAGUGGCAAAGGACAACUGUAGUGGCAUAGUUUUCCAGUGAAUGAACAUAUUGCGCUUCAAACUUUUACAUGCUGUGUUUUGAUUAAGGAAAGAAUUUGCUGAAGUGAUAAAAAAAUGCCUAGGAAACAUGUGGGAUUGGUACAUUGCUUGUUCAGUUUUUUAAGACUGCAGUUGGGGUUGGUUUGUAAGUGAAGAGAUGGGGGAUUUAGCUUAUUCCUCCGCAGAUGUUAAAGAGUACCAAACCCAGCCAAGCAGCAGCCGUCUUUCUGAGUGUGUGUGGCAAAGGGAAGGGUGGAGUGCAAAAACUGAGAAAUGAGGUCCACAGUGCAGCUGGGCACGCAUUGCAGAGAUUAUCUGGCUGCAGGCAGUGAAAUCAGCCUUCACAUUCACAAGAGGUGAAGAGGGGCCAAGCAAAAUAUAGGAAAGAGGAAACAGAGCAGGAAAAGCUUAAACAUUAGUGUGACAUUUUCCAGAUUUGCCAUAAAAGCCUGGAGAUAUAUUAUCUGUGAAGGAGGCAGGUUUAUGAUAUUGUCUCUUAAAAUACACUGAUGCCAAGUGAAUACAAUUUAAACUGGUUUUCUCCCUAACUACAGUAGUGGCUA